GUUGCCAGCUCUAAUGACAAUGCUCCAACCACCGGCGCCGCUGCGAUGCUCCUCAACUACCGACCUUCCACGCCGCCACUCGCCGACGCCGACCACCACCUCCCCAACACGCCGCAGCACUGCCUCGGGGAACUCCCCUCCUUUUGCUGCCGGAAAUCCGGCAACGAACCAUUCGCUGCCCGCGUCGUUCUGGCCGCCGUCGACUGGACCUCUGCCCGCCGGACGUGCACCAAGGAGUGGCUCAAGAAUCCCAUGAGCAUUGCGCUGCUGCUCUGGCUGCUCUGCGUCGGCGUCUCCGGCGGCAUGCUGGUGCUCCUCCUCCUGGGCCUGCUCGACGGGGCGUUCCCGGCGCCGGCGGAAAGGAAGCGCUGGGUCGAGAUCAACAACCAGGUCCUCAACGCGCUCUUCACGCUGAUGAGCAUCUACCAGCACCCCGCGCUCUGCCACCAUCUCUUCCUCCUCUGCCGCUGGCGCCCCCACGACGCCGCCGACCUCCGCGCCGCCUACUGCAAGAGCGCCGCGCCGCGCGCCGGCGAGCGCGCGCACAUGGCCGUCGUCGUGGCGCUGCUGCAUCUCACCGUCGCGUGCCAGUACGUGCUCUGCGGCUUCUACUGGGGGUACACCAAGACCACCAGGCCCGAGCUCGGCGAGGACGGCUUCCUCGUGCUCGGCGUCGUCGCGCCGGUCGCCGCUGCCGUGUACACCAUGUGCAGUCCCUUGGGCAAAGACGGCCACGAGCUCGGCUGCUCCAAUUCAGUCUCGAAGACACAGUCACAAAUGCAGCCCACCUCCAGUGGGCAUGGGCACGUCGUCGUGAUCGAGCCCGAGUGGGCCGGCGGCAUGUUCGAUUUCGGCGGCGGCGACACGUCGUCGGCCUGGUGCCUCUCCCUGCCGUGCACCUUCUUCUGCGUGUUCGGGUGGAACUUGGAGAGGCUGGGUUUCGGCAACGCGUACGUGCACGCCGUCACGUUCGCGCUGCUGUGCUUGGCGCCGCUCUGGGUGCUGGGCGUCUCGGCGCUGCACAUCCGCGACCGCGUCAUCGGUGACAUGGUCGGCGGCGCCGGCGUGGUUCUCUGCGCCUGCGGGCUGCUCUACGGCGGCUACUGGAGGAUCCAGAUGCGGAAGAGAUUUGGCCUUCCGGGGAGCAGGGCGUGCUGCGGCUCCAAGUCGCUGACGGACUACGUGCGGUGGCUCUUGUGCUGGCCGUGCGCGCUGGCACAGGAGGUGCGCACGGCCAACCUCUAUCACGUCGACGGCGAGAUCCUCUACUCCAAGGUGGAUGACGGUGGCCACGAGGAGAGGCAGCCGUUGCUCCUAGUUCCCUGCAGUGAUGAUCAUGACGAAACCACGACGAUGGCUCCACCGGUGGUUCAUCAGGUUGUAGUGGUUCAAGUCGAGGAUGAAAAACCUGACGAAUGCAGCAGCGUUCUUCACAGUGAGACGGUCAAUUCUUCGAUUCCAACAUCGGUGAUGCUGAGGAAGGAGUAUGAAUCUUUGUCAGAGUCGAGCCGAGCAAUGUUGAAUGAUUAUGAUCGUAGAUUAUCAUCUGCUGGAAAUUGGAGGCUGGAGAAGGUGAAGAAGCUCAUCAAUAUGGUGACUCUGCUGUCGCUGCUCAUUAUUUUGUACACAAGGGGAAUUAUUCUCUAGAGAAGCAGAAGAUAUCGGACAUGUUGGAUUUGGAUUUGCAUGCUAUAGAUUACAUGUAAACUCUUUCUCCACUCUUUUUUAUCUUGGUGAAAACAGGAUUAAAGGAAUUCAGUUUGUUAUGGAGUUCAUUGCUGUGUAUAUAUACUAA